AAAGACACCAUCAUCGUAAGAUCCAGCUAUAAAGAUAAAGGGCCUCACUCCACCUACCUCCUUGUGAAGUCAGAGGAUCCCAAAGUGCUGCAGGUGGUGAAUGUGACCAGGACCUCCCUGGGUGUCACAGACUUCACCGUCAGCCUGAAGACUUUCCCAGGAGACACAAAUCUGACCCUGCAGCUCUGGGAGUCUGAAGGUAGGCAAACAACACUCAUUGAAGAGAUAAAGACUGUCAGAGUGAGAGUGUUCGGGCAGACGGAGGACAGCCACUUCCAGGCACCAAUCCAUGUCUACACCUUCCUGCUUGUCUUAUCAAUGAUCCUUCUAAAUAAAUGUGCCUUUGGCUGCAAGAUCGAAUUCCAGGUGCUUGAAACAGCGUGGAAGAGACCGUUGCCAAUACUUCUUGGGGCGGUUAUACAGUUUUUUCUUAUGCCAUUCUGUGGUUUUCUCUUGUCUCAGAUUUUGGAUUUGCCUAAGGUACAAGCUUUUGGAUUCAUAAUGACCUGCACGUGCCCAGGAGGAGGGGGCUAUCUCUGUGCUCUCCUUCUGGAAGGGGAUGUCACUUUGUCCGUUUUGAUGACUUGCACGUCAGCAUCUCUGGCCCUGAUCGUGAUGCCUGUCAACUCGUACUCAUACAGCCGGCUGCUGGGGCUAGCAGGUGUAUUUCACAUUCCUGUCUUGAAGAUCGUGUCUACUCUUCUGUUCAUACUUACGCCCAUAUCGACUGGUGUAGUCGUAAAGCACAGAAUGCCUGAAAAAGCAUUUAUGCCUGAAAAAGCAUGUUUAGAGAGAAUAGUGCGGCCUCUGAGUUUGACUUUAAUGUUCGUGGGGGUCUACUUGGCUUUCAGGAUGGGACUGGUGUUUCUGAGAAUGGCUAACCUAGAGGUGUUUCUUUUGGGGCUUCUGGUUCCUGUACUGGGCUUUUUGUUUGGCUAUUCCUUUGCUAAGGUCUACCUGCUGCCUCUUCCUGUUUGCAAAACGGUUGCUGUCGAGAGUGGGAUGUCGAAUAGUUUCUUGGCCCUGGUCAUCAUUCAGCUUUCUUUUUCCCAGACCAAAGCCCAUGAGGCCUCUGAAGCUCCUUUCACAGUAGCCAUGUGUUCCGGCUGUGAAAUGUUACUGCUCAGUGAAGGGAGUCUUCAUGAAAUUGUUGUGCCACUUAUGUUUAAGCAUCCUUGCAAGGACAAGCUCGGCCAGGCCAUCAGCACCAAGCUGAGCGACGACGGGAAGGCGGGGUUUCGAGACGUCCAUCCUCGCUCUCAGCUUCAAUGGGGCGGGACUUCCUGUCGGAGCAAUCCCCCGUUACCUCCGGAAGAGCCUAGGAACCGAGUCCUCGGACGCCGGCGGUUGAGCACCGAUUGCGGUGCGCUCGCGCGAGGUGAGUCGGUUCUGUCCCUGCGUUCUGCGCAGCGUUAUUCGGUGGCCGAGGCGUGGGCUCCCGGCGGGCUGCGGACGAGCUCUCCCCAUGCUGGGCCGGGGCGGCGGCCGGGCCCUCCUCCAGGCCGUGCUCGCCGCAGUGCUCCGGAAACAGCCGAGCCGCUUCGCCCGGAGGUCCUCGGUCUCCGAGGUUGUGAGUCGCAGAAUGAGCCCGGCUCUGCCCAAGCCCGCGGGGCUCUACACGGCAAGUUCCAGGCCCACGAAUUCACAGGGUUGGGGAUGCCCUGCAUCAGGAGCGGGGACAAGUGA